AUGGUCAAAAGCAGUAAUGUGGCGGUUCAUAGCCACAUCAAGUCACUUGGAUUAGACGAGCACGGAAUCCCCGUAAAGAUCGCAAAUGCCGUUGUGGGGAACGAGGAUGCAAGAGAGGCCGCUGGCCUGAUUGUGGAUAUGGUGAAGUCAAGAAAAAUGGCUGGGAGAGCGGUUCUUAUAUCCGGCCCCAUUGGAUGUGGAAAGACUGCACUUGCUGUUGGAAUCAGCUGCGAGCUUGGGCCAGAAACACCGUUUACCACCAUGAGCGGAAGCGAGAUGUAUUCUAGUGAGAUAAAGAAAACAGAGGUUUUGCAGGAGGCGUUAAGAAGAUCGAUUCUGGUAAAGAUCAGAGAAUUGAAGGAUAUAUACGAAGGCGAGAUUGUUGAGCUGAAGAUUGUUGAUGAAGACAAUCCAUUGUGCUCGUAUUCCAGGAAGGUCAAGGAAAUGUUCAUCACCUUGAAAACAACAAAAGAAUCCAAAAGGUUGAAGCUUUCUCCGAUGCUGCAUGAGCAGAUAGACAGACAAAAAAUCAUCAAUGGAGAUGUUGUAUACAUCGAGAUGUCUUCUGGAAUCAUCAAAAAGCUUGGACGAAGCGAGGCACACAUGAACGACUUCGAUCUGGAGGCAGAUGCUUAUGUGCCGAUUCCAAAGGGCGAGGUUCAGAAAAGAAAAGAGGUGAUUCAGUCUGUGACUCUUCACGACCUUGACAUGGCAAAUGCCAAGCCUUCUGGGCAGGACAUGCUUUCUCUGGUAUUCAGAAUCCUCAAUCCAAGGAAAAGCGAGAUAACAGACAGGCUUCGUGGAGAUGUCAACAGAAUGGUAAAUGAAUAUAUGGAGAGAGGAAAUGCAGAUGUGAUACCCGGUGUUUUGUUUAUUGAUGAGGUCCAUAUGCUUGAUAUUGAAUGCCUUACGUUUCUGCAUAAAGUGCUUGAGUCGCCUCUCAGCCCAACAAUUAUUUUUGCAUCCAAUAAGGGAGAUGAACUGAUCCGAGGAAGUGAUGGGAUGGCUGGAUGCUUUGGAAUAACAAAGGAUUUGCUUGACAGGGUGGUUGUGAUAAAUGUCCGAAGGAACGAUGCAGAAUCGAGCAAGGAAAUACUCAGAAUGAGAAUGAAUGAGGAAGGGCUUAUGAUGGAUGAGAAUGCAUUUGAUGUGUUUGCCAAGCUGAGUGCUUCAAGAAGCUUGAGAUAUUGCACAAGCCUGGUUCCACUUUUGAAGACAUAUGGAAAGGUCAUUGCAACCGAAGAUGUAGAGGAGGUAAGUUUGCUUUUCCAAGAUGAUUGCUGA